ACAAAAACUAAACCUAGCCAUUAAUAUUUUACAACUCUUUUAAGAUGGUCAUGGGAUCUAAUAAUUCAUACUAUUACUAUCAUUGUAGUUUGUGUUCCUCUAUGUUUUUGUUUUUGUUUGUGUUUGGAAAUGGAAUGGCCUCUGCACAAUUGUCCUCAAAUUACUAUGCAUCGAGCUGCCCAAGAGCUCUCUCAACCAUUCAAAGUGUGGUGAAUAAUGCAGUCUUCAAGGAGCAUCGCAUGGGCGCUUCCCUGCUCCGUCUUCAUUUCCACGACUGCUUUGUCAAUGGAUGUGAUGCAUCUGUACUGUUAGAUGACACUGCAAGUUUUACUGGGGAGAAGACAGCAGGCCCAAAUAAAGAUUCAUUGAGAGGAUUUGAUGUUAUUGAUUCCAUUAAAUCUGAACUCGAGAGUAUCUGUCCUGGAGUUGUCUCUUGUGCUGAUAUUUUAGCUAUUGCUGCUCGCGAUUCUGUUGUAUUUUUGGGUGGGCCAACAUGGACAGUUCAAUUAGGGAGAAGAGACUCAACUACUGCAAGCUUAAGCAGUGCAAACAGUGAGCUGCCAUCCCCAUUCAUGGAUCUUAGUGACCUCAUUUCUGCCUUCUCAAACAAAGGUUUUACUACUACAGAUAUGGUUGCUCUUUCAGGUAUAUAUAUACUAGUUACACAGACACCGUGUUACGCUAUAUUUAAGUUCUGUAUGAUUCGAGAAAAGUCUUUGAUUGCCAAGAAAAUUACAACCAAUACAUCUAAAACUAAACUUCAAAUGUGA